AUGGCCCUCCCCCCGCUAGUUCCGUUGGGAAGCCGGAAGUCCCGCCCCGACGCCGGAAGCGCUGCGGCCUUCCUUCCUCAGAGCCUCCCGAGACGCGGCGGAGACUGGCUUCCGGCCCCGGGCGGGCGCGGACUUGGCUCGGGGCGCGUUCCGGAGCGGGGUCCCGGGAGCGCGGUCCUCCGGGCCGCUUGCGCGGGGCUCGGGGACUGCGGCGGAGGCCGCGCGAGGAGGACGCCGAUCCGGGUGCCGGGCAGGUGCAGGGCCAUGAACGGCACGGCGAACCCGCUGCUGGACCGCGAGGAGCAUUGCCUGCGGCUCGGGGAGAGCUUCGAGAAGCGGCCGCGGGCCUCCUUCCACACCAUUCGCUAUGACUUUAAGCCAGCAUCGAUAGAUACUUCCUGUGAAGGGGAGCUCCAGGUUGGCAAAGGAGAUGAAGUCACAAUUACACUGCCACAUAUUCCUGGGUCCACACCACCGAUGACCGUGUUCAAAGGGAACAAACGGCCUUACCAGAAGGACUGUGUGCUCAUCAUCAAUCACGACACUGGAGAGUACGUGCUGGAGAAGCUCAGCAGCAGCAUCCAGGUCAAGAAGACGAGAGCUGAGGGGAGCAGUAAAAUCCAAGCCCGGAUGGAGCAGCAGCCCACUCGUCCCACACAGCCCACACAGCCACCACAGCCACCACCCCCCAUGCCAUUCCGAGCUCCAACGAAGCCUCCAGCUGGACCCAAGACUUCUCCCUUGAAGGAUAACCCUUCACCUGAGCCCCAGCUGGAUGACAUCAAAAGAGAGCUGAGGGCUGAGGUCGACAUCAUCGAGCAGAUGAGCAGCAGCAGUGGGAGCAGCUCCUCUGACUCUGAGAGCUCCUCCGCAAGUGACGAGGACAGCUGCAGCAGCGGAGGAGAGGACAACGGCCCAGCCUCUCCUCCUCAGCCUUCACACCAGCAGUCCUUCAGCAGCAGGCCUGCCGUGGCCAACGGCACCAGCCGGCCCCAGGGAAGCUCUCAGCUCAUGAAUACACUCAGAAACGAUUUGCAGCUAAGUGAGUCUGGCAGUGACAGUGAUGACUAGCACCAGGCUUUUGAAAUCGGCUUUCUGGUACGCAGACAUGCUGCAAGACUCAGCUGCUUCUGCCAGGAUUCCACAGCACAGGAGGACGUUGCGAAGCAGAGCCUGUAGGAGGAGUUAAGGCCUGGAAGCAUGCAGACACUCAGUCUUUAUCUUGGUGGUGGCGGUUGAUUUUUCUCACAUAAUUCUUGAACAAUCUCUUGUUUCAGAGUUUAAGUAGAUCUAUAGGAGAACUAACGGAAUUCUGUUUCCACAUGGUUAACAUUAGUAAUGAAAAACUGACCAAUGCACCCUGGUCUAGGGCAUUCAAAGCCCGUGUCUUCAUCAGGCCAGUAAUUCAGCAGUCGUCGGUUUGGCCAGGCGAUCUGUACCAGUAAAAUAAAAGUCUUUGAGGGGUUAUGGAAAGAAAGGAGAUCCUCAAACUAUGUCAUAGAAAUACGUUAAGAUCACUUUACACCAUUGA